CUGGAGGUCAUCAUCACUUCAUCAGCUAGCCUGCCAUGUCGCGCCACGGCUCCGUGCGGACGACGGCCGCCGUCUUCUCGCUCAUCUCCAUCUGCGUCGCCCAUGUCGUGCUCUAUGCUCGCGCUCAAGCUAACACUCGCGGUUUCAUCAGCAUCGACUGCGGCAGCCCUCCGAGCGCCGGCUACGUCGACGUCGUCACCUGGCUGCCGUACGUCCCCGACGCGCAGUUCGUGGACGCGGGCGUCAGCCACAACAUCUCCGCCGAGCACGCCGGCAUGAUCGACCUGAAGCUCCCGAGGCUCUACAACGACCUCCGGAGCUUCCCCACCGGCGCCCGGAACUGCUACACCGUGCGCUCCCUGACGCCGGGCACCAAGUACCUGGUCCGCGCCACCUUCCUGCACGGGAACUACGACGGGCUGGGCCCCGGCGGCCUCGCCGUGUUCGACCUCCACCUCGGCGUCAACUUCUGGCAGACGGUGAACGUCUCCAGCGUCUCCGACACCUUCCAGGCGGAGAUCAUCGCCGUCGUGCCCGACGACUACGUCCAGGUCUGCCUCGUCGGCAAGAAGGGGCUCGGCACGCCCUUCAUCUCUGGCCUCGAGCUGCGCCCGCUCCCGGACACGCUAUACCCCGUCGUGGCGAAUGCCUCCCUCUCCAUGGCCGUCCACGGCCGGUACAACCUCGGCCCCGACGACGAGAAGCUGAUCGUGAGGUACCCGUCGGACCCCCACGACCGCGUCUGGAAGGUGCUAGCGAACCUGCGGUCAUGGAACCCGGCCAACACGACGGGCACGGUGCGCUACGUCGCCGGGGACCAGUUCGAGGUGCCGUCGGCGGUGAUGCAGACGGCCGCCACCGUGGACGACGGCUUCAGCCUGCGGUUCUACUGGGGCGCGUACGAGUCCAACAAGGAGCUGGACUACUUCGCCGUGCUUCACAUGGCCGAGCUCCGGCGGCUCAACGGCAGCGAGACGAGGAUCUGCGAGGUCUACCUCAACAACGGCCUGUGGUACAGCAAGCCCUUCUCCCCGGAGUUCCGUUACUCCAGCUCAAUGUUCGGGAUGGUGGCAGGGAGUACGGAGUACAGCUUCAGGAUCGAACCGACCGCCAAAUCGACGCUGCCGCCAUUGCUCAAUGCGCUGGAGAUCUAUGUCAUGGUGCCUACUGCAGAGCGUGCAACUCAUGGAGGAGAUGUGAGUGCCAUUAUGGCCAUCAAGGCCAAGUAUGAGAUCAAGAGGAACUGGAUGGGUGAUCCGUGUGGCCCCAAGAUAUAUUUGUGGGACGGUGUAGGUUGCAACUAUGCAAUCUCUAGCGCACCAAGAAUCACCUCACUAAACUUGUCCUCCAAUGGGUUGGCUGGAGAAAUCACCACUCUUUUAAGCAAUCUCACUGCUCUUCAGAACCUGGAUUUAUCUCACAACAGUUUGACAGGGAACAUUCCUGAAUUUCUUGCACAACUACCGUCGCUUGCUGUCCUAGAUUUGACCGGCAACAAGUUCAAUGGAUCAGUUCCAGAAAGUCUUCUAAAAAGGUCGCAAGAAGGUGCACUUUCAUUAAGAAUUGAAGCGAACAUAAGCAGCAUCAACAAUGACCAGCCACAAAGAAAAAAACCUACCAAGAUUUCUGCCGUAAAUCUCGCUGUGGCUGCCGUUGUACUUUCUGUACUGGUGGUUGUGGUGGUAACUCUUACACUCUGCCUUCGCAGAAGAAGAACUGAAAAUGAUCUUUCUGUCAGACCGCUGAAUGGAAGUAAAUCAAAAGAAGACAAUGGAGACGCUGUCUCAUUGCAAUUCGAUACUCGCCAGUUCAGUUACAAAGAGCUAAAGACUAUCACAAAUAGCUUCGAGAAGUCCAUUGGCAAAGGUGGGUUCGGAGUAGUCUAUCUUGGCUACUUGGAAGAUGGAACCCCGGUUGCAGUCAAAACGCGCUCAGAAUCGUCAUCUCAAGGGGUUAAUGAGUUCUUGGCAGAGGCUCUGCAUCUGAUAAGAGUUCAUCACAGGAACUUGGUGAAUCUGGUUGGCCACUGCAAGGAUGGGCAGCACUCAGCUCUUGUGUACGAGUACAUGUCUGAAGGAACUUUACAAGAGAAGCUAAGAGAAAAAUCCCCCAACUCUGUACCUUUAACAUGGCGCCAAAGAUUAAGGAUCUCGCUCGACUCUGCCCAAGGCCUUGAGUACCUGCACAAGGCGUGCACGCCGCCGCUGAUCCACAGGGACGUGAAGGCGGCCAACAUACUCCUGAACGGGAGCAACCUGGAGGCCAAGAUCGCCGACUUCGGCCUGUCCAAGGCCUUCAACAACGACCUCCAGUCCCAUGUCUCCACGCGAGUAGUGGGAACCCCCGGAUAUCUCGACCCCGAGUACUACACUUCGUUCCAGCUCAGCGAGAAGAGCGACGUGUACAGCUUCGGGAUCGUGCUGCUGGAGGUGGUCACGGGCCAGCCCCCGAUCCUCCCGGAGAGCGUGCACAUCGUGCAGUGGGCGCGGCAGAGGCUCGCCAAGGGCGACAUCGAGAGCGUCGUGGACGACAACAUGCAGGGGCGGUACGACCUCAACUCCGUCUGGAAGGUCGCCGACCUGGCCCUGAGGUGCACGGAGCAGGCGGCCAGCCAGAGGCCCGCCAUGGCCGACGUCGUCGUCCAGCUCAAGGAGAGCUUGGAGCUGGAAGAAGGCUGCGAGAGGGUGCACGGUUCGUACGCCGGAAGUGGCGACGGGUAUGGGGAAAACAGUGACACUGCAAGCCAGAGUACGCAGAGUGGGAGGGUGCUAGAUCUGGUGAGUGGCCCCGCAGCUAGAUAAGAUUUCUGGGAAUGUCAUUGUGAUGUAUCCGAGUUUCUGUUUAGCUGUGAGAGCUUCAACCUCGUAACAUGUCCCCACAAUAAGAAAAACGGUA